GAUGGAGGGAUUUUAAGCCUGUGGGUCACAGUCAACAUGAUUCGUAAUGUGAUUGGCCGUUCAACUUGUCGACUUUCCAGGGUAUAUGCUAGCAGUCGUGAUUACACAUCACGAGCACCUAUAAAUAUAGGGAUAUUGAUCGUUCCAGAGAAAGAAGCAUGGGUUAUUGAAAGGUUAGGAAAAUUCCACAGGACACUGGAACCAGGACUCAAUUUUUGUAUACCCAUUCUAGAUCGCGUCGCUUAUGUACAGUCACUGAAAGAAGUGGCCAUUGAAAUUCCAGAUCAGUCAGCCAUUACAUCAGAUAAUGUCGUUUUACAAUUGAACGGUGUUCUAUUCCUUAAGGUCAAAAAUCCUUAUUUGGCAUCAUAUGGGGUGUCCGAGGCUGAAUUUGCAAUUACCCAGUUAGCUCAAACAAUUAUGCGAUCAGAAAUCGGGAAGAUAAUUCUGGAUAAUGUUUUUAAAGAACGAGAGGCAUUGAAUUUUCAAAUCGUACAAGCUUUAGGCAAAGCAUCAGAGCCUUGGGGUAUUGAGUGUUUGCGUUAUGAAAUUCGCGAUGUUCAGGUGCCACAAAAAAUCAAAGAAGCUAUGCAAAUGCAAGUUGAAGCAGAACGAAAAAAGCGUGCAUCCAUUUUAGAGUCAGAAGGACAACGUGAGGCUGCUAUUAAUCGAGCUGAGGGUUUAAAACGUAGCCAGGUAUUAGAGUCAGAAGGUCACCAGAUUCAAAUUGUAAAUAAAGCUUCAGGUGAAGCUGAAGCUAUCCAACGUCUAGCAGAAGCUCGAGCUCAAUCUAUCCAAACCAUUGCCCGUGCAAUCGGUACUAAGCGUGGGGCAGAUGCAGUACAGCUUACAGUAGCUGAACAGUACAUAGAAGCUUUCAGUGCUUUAGCGAAGACAACUAAUACAGUAUUAUUACCAUCUCAUAGUGGUGAUGUUGCGUCAAUGGUUACUCAAUUUCCCUAAUACAGAUUGAAAUAAAUAUUUUCUGUUAACUAUCAUCAUUAGCCGCCUUUGGAUCUACUGACUUGGAUACUGGCAUUCAGUUAUAAGUUUCUGGAUGCAUUGAAGAAGCAGCUUUGAUGGGCGACCUACACACAUGGUUAUACAGGACCUGGAAAACUGGUACAAACAAGUACAAUUGGUCAUUAGUAGUAACCUGUCUUUUAUGCAGAAGCAUAUAAACAGGCUAUUAGAGUAGUUUAUGUAGAGAUUUGCUGCAUGGAAUGUUUUUUGAAUUGAUCUUUUCAGAUAAUUUUCAAGUAUAUCAUUAGAAAUGUCUUUCUCAAAUUGAAAUUUUAAAAAAGUGUUGGAUUUGGUUGGCUUCAGUCAGUCAUAUGCAAUGUAAAAGAGGCUGACAAAUUUGUGCAUCAGUUAAAAUGUAGUGAACACGAACACGAGUGGAUUAAUCGAAUGUAUUUGAGCACAAAUACACAGAACAUCUCACUAAAAUCUGAGAACCAUAUAGUAAAUAGUUAAUUUACAAAAUAUCAAUCCAUCGUCUCAAACUUGACUGUUCCUUUCGCAAAUAUCAGUCCAUUGUCUCAAAUUUCAUCGUUCAUACAUUUUCAUACCAAUUGCUUUCCGUUUCCGUUCUUCCCUUAUCGAUCUUCUACUGAAACACAUUCUAUGCCUGACCACCGUUACAUACUACUUAUGUGGAUAUAAGUAACCCACACCACAAAAAUGGCUUUAUCAUAUCAGCACAACUAGAUGAAAUUAUCAAGAGAAAUGCCAAUAUAGUAACGGUGUUAGUUAUAGUAGAAAGGACUAGACACAGACAAUACAAGUCGAGGAAAAAAUGAAAUCAUUGGAUAGAAACGUAUAAGAUUCGUUCUUGGUUAGUUCGUUCUCCAAUUAUUCUAAUGAACAAAUUUCAUGAUAUAUCUAAAGUAUAAUGGAUGAAUAACAUAUCACUGCCUUGUUAUCAG